AUGAACCGGCGUCACGUUUUUAGCCGUUGUGUCCAGCUGUAUAGCAGUGUCAGGUCAUCACAGACAGUGUCGCACAAACUAAAAGAUGUAAGCCAAGCCCGAUACAUGAGUGGCCUUCCUGAAGGCUGGAAGACCAACAAGGAACUGGACAUGGAAAAUAAGAACCACAUGAACUUCAUGCCAGUACCUCAAGGCUCAUGGCAGGAAAACUACAACAAACGUAACGGUCGCUGGAACCUUCACCUCGCUGGAUCAACUGUUUUUCUUGGUGUGACUGUCUAUGUUAUGUGGAAAACUGGUUGCUGGUAUUUGCAUAGUGCACCAAGUAUGAAGAACAAAAUAGCUGUAACAGCAUCAUCAGUGGCAGAGACGGCAACUACCACAGACAAAGCAGAAGCAACACCAGCUGAAACAGAAACAACUGCCACAACAGAAUCAGCUGAUAAGAUCUCAACUCCUGAAACAUCAGAGGAGGCAGCUCCAGGGGUGGAUAUCUCCUUGCUACCCGAGAUCCCUGGUGCAGUGAAAUACUUAAUAGUUGGUGCGGGAACAGCAGCAUUCUCAGCUUAUAGAGCAAUCAGAGCGGCAGAUGCCACAGCUCAAGUAUUAGUGAUAGGAGAUGAACCAGAGGUUCCAUACAUGCGGCCACCACUCUCUAAAGAACUCUGGUUUACUGAUGACCCUGAUGCUCCACAGACCCUGAAGUUCAAACAAUGGAAUGGCAAGGAGAGAAGUGUGUACUUUGAACCAGAAGAAUUCUAUGCUGACUCUAAAAAACUUGCAUUAGAGGAACGAGGGGGAGUCUCAGUAGUUAGAGGAAAAAGGGUGACAAAAAUAGAUGCUGUUGCCCAGAAAGCAACUUUGGACAAUGGAUGGGUGAUACAAUAUGACAAGUGCCUUAUUGCCACAGGGGGAAAACCUAAGAAUCUCCCCUGCUUGGAAAAUGCUGGUGCAGGAGUUGCUGAAAAAACAACAUUAUUCCGUAACAUCGCAGACUUCCGCAGAUUGGAAGAAGUUACGAAAACUAGUGAUUCAAUUGUAAUUAUCGGAGGUGGGUUCCUUGGAAGUGAAUUAGCCUGUGCCUUAGGGAAUCGUGGAAAACGCACGGGAAUGAAAGUUACGCAGGUUUUCCCUGAGAGUGGAAAUAUGGGACGUAUUCUUCCUGAAUAUUUGAGUAAAUGGACAAUGGAUAAAGUCCAGUCAGAGGGAGCCACUGUAGUUCCUGGAUCUGUCGUUAAAUCUGCCAAACUUGAUGGUGAAAAAGUUGCCCUUAAAUUAGACAAUGGUGAAACACUAUCGGCAGACCACGUAGUAGUUGCCGUUGGGCUGGACCCUAAUACAGAAAUUGCUGCUGCGUCGCGACUUGAGGUUGAUGACAAAUAUGGCGGUUUCCAUGUUAAUGCUGAAUUGGAAGCACGCAAGAAUCUUUGGGUGGCUGGAGAUGCAUCUUGUUUCUAUGACAUCAAGCUUGGGAGAAGACGUGUUGAACAUCACGAUCAUGCCGUCGUUAGCGGUCGCCUCGCAGGAGAAAAUAUGACAGGUGCUGGAAAGCCUUACUGGCACCAGUCCAUGUUCUGGUCUGACCUUGGGCCGGAAAUAGGGUAUGAGGCUAUAGGUCUAGUAGAUGGGAGUCUACCCACUGUUGCAGUGUUUGCCAAAGCCACAGAGCAGGACACACCAAAAGCAGUAGUUGAAUCAACAGGGGAAGGAAUCAGAUCAGAAACAGAACAGGUUGCAUCUGAGACUCCAAGUGAUGUCGCUCCUAAAGCACCUGUCGACGGAGAUGAUUAUGGGAAGGGUAUCAUCUUCUAUAUGAAAGACAAAGUGAUUGUUGGCAUCGUUAUGUGGAAUGUAUUCAAUAAAAUGCCAAUAGCUCGAAAGCUCAUAAAAGACGGACUGCCACACGACGACCUAUCAGAAGUUGCCAAACUAUUUAAUUUAUAUGCCAAAAAGGAAGAAGAUUCAGAAUGAGGGUAGCUGCUUUUUAGGACAAUUUAGGAUGAAUUAAUUCAAUGGGACAAGCUUUUCAUUGACCAUUAAUACGUGUAAUUAAAGAAUUGAGAGAUUACAUGUACCUCAUUGAUAAAUUACGAAAGCUCAAAAUUGUACAGUCUGAUUUUAAUGGUGGUUUGUUUGUUGUUAUUUGCUAGUCUGAUACUUCUACAGAAUGAUACAGUUUGUGUAUUUAUUAGAAAGAAUCAUGUAUAAUACAUGUAGUCUAGUUUGAGUUCUCCGAUGGUAAAUAUUUGAAGUACUGUAAAUUGGUUUGAUUUGGUCAUGGGCUUUUUCUAGUUGAAAGCAACUAGUAAAGCCCAUUAUUUGCUGCAUGCUUGACUUGGUGAAUUGAUGGCAAUUCAAAAAAUGCCAGUUUAUAACUUAUUAUUUUCUCGUAAUUCAACGACUAAAAGGCUUAACAUAACUUGCUUGAGGAAAAAAGAUUGGUUGACUGCGUAGACCAAAUUCAAUAAAUUGAAUAGCUGGCAAAAGCAAAAAUCUGAAAGUUUGCCAUAUUGAUUUGCGUCAAAUUAAUUCAAAUUACAGUAAUGGACAAAGUGAAUCAUUAAACAACAGGGAUUGCCAUAAGUAUUGUUAAUGAAUAAAUAUUUUUGCAAUACAGAUUUAUAGUAAUAAAUAUAAAAAUAGUAUUUGAUAC